CGCAAAGUAAUGACUAAUGACUAAGAAAAGUGGAGGGAAUGAUUCCACUCGGCACCGUUUAUUCCCCGGGGAUCUCGAUUUCCAUGUACAAUUGACUCGUUGCCCGAACUUCUCCGACGAGUUACUUGACUACAACUGCACUCAGUAUCUCCGACAGUUGGAUUUUCCUGUAUCAUACAACGAUAUCGACAUCGUAAUUAGGUCUUGUGUAAAAGUAAAACCAUGAAUAACUCGGAGCAGAAGGUGGUGGCUGUGAUCAUGGUCGGUGGUCCGACGAAAGGUACUCGAUUUCGGCCACUUUCGUUUAAUACUCCGAAACCUCUUUUCCCUCUAGCCGGUCAGCCGAUGGUUCAUCACCCUAUUUCUGCUUGUAAAUCGAUCCCUAAUUUGGCACAAAUAUUCCUCAUUGGAUUUCACGAGGAAAGGGAAUUUGCAUUAUAUGUGUCAUCAAUCUCCAGUGAACUUAAAAUCCCAGUCAGAUACUUAAAAGAAGACAAACCUCAUGGUUCAGCUGGUGGUCUUCAUUACUUUAAAGAUCUCAUCAUGGAGGAUACCCCUUCACAUAUCUUUUUGUUAAACUGUGAUGUCUGCUGCAGCUUUCCUCUACCAGAAAUGCUUGAUGCCCAUAGGAGAUAUGGUGGGAUGGGGACAUUGUUAGUUAUAAAGGUUUCUGCCGAGUCUGCUAGCGAGUUUGGUGAGUUAGUUGCUGACUCAGUUACAAAAGAACUUUUGCAUUACACAGAGAAACCCGAAACUUUUGUGAGUGAUUUAAUAAACUGUGGUGUUUAUGUUUUCACCCCAGAAAUAUUUAAAGUUAUUCAUGACAUACGUACACAACAUGAAGACAGAGCAAAUCUCCACACCCUAUCCAGCUAUGAUGCUCUUCGGUUGGCAACAAAGACACCUACUAAGGAUUUUGUUAGAUUGGAUCAAGAUAUAUUGUCACCACUUGCUGGAAAGAAGCAGUUAUACACUUAUGAAACAAUGGAUUUCUGGGAACAGAUUAAAACACCAGCGAUGUCUUUAAAAUGCUCGGCUUUAUAUCUUGCCCAAUUCCGAUUCAAUUCUCCUGGUCUUUUGGCUUGUGGGGAUGGAAUCAAGAAUCCAACGGUUGUUGGUGAUGUUUAUAUCCAUCCAUCAGCAAAAGUACAUCCAACUGCAAAGAUUGGUCCGAAUGUUUCGAUUUCUGCAAAUGUUCGAAUUGCUGCUGGUGUAAGGCUCAUUAGUUGCAUCAUUUUAGAUGAUGCUGAGAUACAGGAAAAUGCAUUUGUAAUGUAUGCAAUUGUCGGUUGGAAGUCAUCGUUAGGAAAAUGGGCACGCGUCCAGGGUGAAGGAGAUUACAAAAGGAAAUUGGGAAUCACGAUCCUUGGAGAAGCAGUGACGGUUGAGGAUGAGGUUGUUGUGGUUAAUAGCAUCGUACUUCCAAAUAAAGUUCUUAAUAUAAGCGUGCAGGAGGAAAUCAUUCUGUAGAGAAGUUCACAUGGGAAGAGUAAAAAUGAAGUAGACUUCUUCCAUAAGCUUGUUGUAAUGUUUUAUGAUUUAUCAUUCGUUGUUUGGUUUUGUCUUUUCUGUAAGAUUUUAUGAUUACAAGGUUAUAAAUACAAUAGUAGAUAGAGAGUGGCGAAAUAGGGUGGGGUGAAACAAGUAAAGGCUUUAAGGCUACACCGCAUGAUUAUGCAAAGACAGAGGACAGAGAGAAUAGAAUGAUUGAUCGAUAGAGUUUGUUAGUGAUAAAUUUGAUGAGAUGAUAUGUUGUUUGAACCC